UUGUGUGGUUGGGAAAGGAGCAUUCCGAAAUUAUUGAAUUAUGCCGUGUAAAUGAUUAUGAAAUACAUUUUCAGCACAAUUGGAAAAAUCGGGAAUAUAGUAGAGAAAGAGAGUGCACACAACAAGGCAGUUUGAGAAAGAACUAGUGAAGAAAAAACAAAAAAAGAAUAAAAAGUUUGGAAAGUGAAAAAGUGGAAAUAAUUUCAUCACUCUUGGAGAAUUAUAAAAGUAUUAAUAUUUGAAAAUCAGUACAAACAUUUGUAUGCAUAACAGUGGUUGGUUCAUUAUUAGAUUUAUUUGAUUUUCGCGUGAAAAUAUGAAUUCCUGAUCUUUACUAUGCUACGCUACAUUGAAAUCAACAWAUAACUGAGAAAACGAGAUCAGAAAAUUCCGACACCGAAAGCUAUUUAUACGCACGAGACACACAUGCAUACAAGUAUGUGCUUAUGAAACGUAUGUUGUGCUUCCAGUGGCAUCCAGUCGAAUUUAAUUGUGCAAUAAAUUUCGCAUUCUGCAUCCCAGUAUCAUACAUACACAUAAAUCUUCGAUAUUUUARAAUCUGCGGUAGUAAGUUCAAAAGUGUAAGCGAACAACGCACGGAAAGAAGAUGCAACGCCUUUUCUGCUUAGUCAUUUUGUUGCUCAGUUUGGUCGUCAAUGCUUGGGCCAUCCAAUGUUACUCAUGCGAAUCCGUCUACCACUCAGGCUGUGGGGAUGACUUCGACGAGGAAAACCACUUCAAAUUAGAUUGCUCGCAUGUUCCGCCACCGCGUUUUCUAGGAGACGACUCUGAUUUGCGAAACGCAACAGGUUGYAUGAAGCGGUCUUUUAAAGUGGGAGAUCUGCUGAGAAUCGAACGCAGUUGCUUUUUCGGKGACAUGGAUGACACGGACAGCGGUUGCCAACUGGAUCCUGCUACAGAGCAAGCGGAGCCAGUAUCGUGUAAUGUCUGCGACACUGAGGACUUCUGCAAUCACAGUCACCAACUGAAGGCAUGGCCGCAGUAUUUAGCGAUCGUUUCAUUUGCGUUUACGUCGAAAUUCUUGAAUUGGCUGAGCUAAAAUAUAAAUGUGUUGUAAAUUCMACUCAACUCUGAUUUCUUCAGUAUCCAGCUCCAACAGAAAGACAUAAAGUUAGCUGAAUUCAUCUGUUGAUGUUGAGCGAAAUACUAUUUGUUAUUUGUUUUUGUAGCGAGUAGUGAAAGAAAACAUUUUAAAUAAAUAAAAAAUA